AUGUACUCGAAUUUGUGCGACAUGUUCAACGGAGAAACAGUUGAUGGUCAAGCUACUUGUAUAGAUAUCUCAGUGCAGGACCUUUUCGUCCGGUUUCGUCAUCGAACACUCAUUUUGUUCAAGCUGUUACUACUCGAAAGAAAGGUUAGUUGGACGUUAUAUAUCUUGCCGCCACAUUGCAGAGCGGAAUAA